GUGACCAUUCCAGGCCCAGGCAACGACGGGUCCUGUUUCCAGUUGGAAUUGCACUCGGGAGGAAUGCGGGCUAAUUCAAUUAAGUCUGAAUCUGGAGGCUGUCGGGUCUCCUUUUCAGAGGACCCUGGCUCAAAGUGAAAGCUGGAAAAAGCCUGCUCUGAGUGUUUCGGCCGGGGCUGGAGACACCCACCCAGCCCUGUUUCAGAACUAGGGCUGGCUGCCACUAGGUGUCCAUAGCUGCACAGUCUGCCUCUUCUCCACUUGUCUAAGGCGACACUGUCAGGAAUCAUCCCUUCUGAAGCCUCUGCCCCUUCCCGAUAAGGCAUGGCACUCUGGCGGGCGUACCAAAGGGCCCUGGCUGCUCACCCGUGGAAAGUCCAGGUCCUGACGGCUGGGUCCCUGAUGGGCCUAGGUGACAUUAUCUCACAGCAGCUGGUGGAGAGGCGGGGUCUGCAGGAACACCAGACAGGCCGAACCCUAACCAUGGUGUCCCUGGGCUGUGGCUUUGUGGCCCCUGUACUAGGAGGCUGGUACAAGGUGUUGGACCGGCUCAUCCCUGGCACCACCAAGGUGGAUGCACUAAAGAAGAUGUUGUUGGAUCAGGGGGGGUUUGCCCCGUGUUUUUUAGGCUGCUUCCUCCCAUUGAUGGGGACACUCAAUGGACUGUCAGCCCAGGAUAAUUGGGCCAAAUUACGGAGGGAUUAUCCUGAUGCCCUCCUCACCAACUACUAUCUCUGGCCUGCUGUGCAGUUAGCCAACUUCUACCUAGUCCCCCUGCAUUACAGAAACUGUUCCAGAGUGUCCCCCACUGACCUUCUAUCAUCUCGCUAUGGAGGAUCCUGCUUCUACAACUCUUGUCUCCAUCCCACCUGAGCUCUCCACCUUUGAUGGCAUAUCUGCAGAGACAGUGCCUCACUGGGGUGCUGCAUCCUAGGUUAGACAGAAAGGUAGACCUAAAGGCUUUGUCAGGUUAGUUUACUGCAAAGCAUUAUUUUGCUUUAAUAAUAAAGGUCAUUGCUGAGAGACAAUAAAAAAUAGUGUGGAACUCAAAAUGAGUUGUUAAAAAUGCUUGCAGGUGAGGUAUCUUGGAAACAGAAAAACUCUGAAACUCUUCCGAGAAGACAUGGUCAAAUUUUUCAUGGAUAGCAUAGCUAAAGGAAUACCUACUUACAAACCAAUUCCUAAACAUAAGUGUCCUUUGCAGCAGUCUUUGAAACUAGAGCAAAGUCAAGUUAAAAUAAAGAAGGUCCUAGUGACUGGGAAGGCUGAGGCAGGAGGGUUGCAAGCUUGAGGCCAGCCUGGGCAACUUAAUAAGACCCUGUCUCAAAAUAAAAAUAUUUAAAAGG